GUCUGACCGCUCGGGCCAGCGCGGAUGCAGUUCAGCGAGAGCAAGGGCCCGGGCGGCGCCAGGAACGAGAGGAAGAAGCCCCAGCUCAAGGCCGAGUAUGCCACGCUGAGCAAGGACGGCAAGUCCGUCUGGGAGCCCGGGCUCCCCGCGGAGGUGACCUCGCGGCGGGUGCACAAGCCCGUGCGGAAUGCGCCCGUCGAGGAGGCUUCGAUCAAGUGCGACCUCCGCCACACGCUGCACAUGACGCCGGCGGCCAGGGCCGAGUGGCUGGACAAGGCCAUGCAGGCGAUCCCGACGGGCCGCGCGAAGGUCCAGGAGGUUUUCAACAUCGUGACGCACCCCAAGUUCGUGUCCGGGGUGCCCGACAAGGUCGGCAGGAGAAUGUUGCGGAUCGUUGCCGGGGCGCUCGACAAUUUCUCGGACAAGCAGCGGAUCACGCUGGUGUCGAAGUGCAAGUUGGCCGAGCUCUACCAGUCCGCGGCCAUGCUCGCGGAGGGCGAGGACGACGACGGGGACGCCGACGAGGAGCUCGCCGGUGCGGGCCUGGAAGGCGACGCCGCGGAGGAAGAGCCGGCGGCGAGCCGCUCCCGCUCGCGGAGGUCUCUCCUCCCGCAGGGGCCGCCGGCGCUCGCGGUCGCGCAGGCGGAAGGCCGUGGGCGACGCCCGCGGGCACCAGUCGCCCGUGCGUUCCCAGGCGCCGGCGGCGAGGCCCCCGCCGCCGCCAGAGGGCGCGAGGGCGGAGCCCCCCCGCGAGCGGCCGCCCGCGCCCGCGGCGAGGCAGCCGCCCCCGGAGAGGGAGGAGAGCCCGACAUGUCACCAGCGGAGCGAGCCGGGCUGGAGCAGGCCCUAGCUGCGCGGCAGAGGCAGCAGGAGGAGGAGCGCAGGAAGCUGGACGAGGACCGCAGGGCCUACGAGGACAAGGAGAGGCAGCGGAAGGCCAGGCUCGGGUCCGCUUUCCUCAUGGCUGACGAGGACCAGAGGAGGAGGACGACCCGAACGCACUGGCGGCGACCCUGAAGAGCCGGCGGAAGGCCGAGGACUCCCUGCAAGACCUGCAGUCGGUGCAGGCGGCGCCGAGCAGGACCCCGCAGCCGCUGUCGCAGCCGCUCGGGCACACGGCCGCAGGCGGCGCGGGGCAGGACCCGCGGUUCGUGGAGGCGAUGGCCCGUUCCGACGGCCCUCCUCCCCGGAAGGCGCACAAGAUCCUUGCCAGCGCUGCCACCACGGGGCGGCUGGGAGCCCCGAGCCCCUCGAGGUCGCCGUCCCGCCCACGCCGCCCGCGCAGACGAUCCAGAUCCCGCUCGAGGGGAGGAGGAGGCGCCCGCCUCGACAUGAGGAGCUCUGGGAGCUACCGGUCGCCGACGCCGGACGGGCGGGCCCGGGGGGCGGCCAGGGCGGCGCGGAAGGCGCGGAUGAUCGCCUCGCUGAUGGGGAUGCCUCUGUCCCGCUGACAUUGCCCGCGGGCGGGUGGGGCGGACUGAGGCCACACCUCGGGCCUCGAUCUUCCUCGCGGUUGUAGGGUCUGCCUGUUCUGCUGUGUGUCUUCCGGCUGGUCAAUGCGGUUGCUCUUGCGGACCGGACCAGAAUGACGAGCGGAGGAGAAUGAGAAGGAGGAGGAACAGGCCCACGUGGUUCUCAGGGCGGCCACCCCAACCGCGGCGCUGAUCUGAGGAGCCCUCAUCAUCUUCGCUACGCUGAGGAACAAAAGCAG